AUGGUCGUCGGUAAGAUUGUUGAUCUGGCUAAAUUCACCGGCGGAACCAUCAAGGGCGCUGCUCUUGUCUUGGCUCGUCCAAGUGAUCCUAUCCCGGAGACCAAAUUGCACCCAAGAAUGCCAGCUCGUCCAUUCACCACUCCUGAAUGGGUAAGUUGUUCAAGUUCUUUGCUUUUAUGUUUUAGGUCGUACAAUACCUUGGGUGUACCGGCGAGGAGUUUUGAGGCGUAAUUCGAAAUUAAUUAAGUGUUAUUUUUGUAUUUUUUACAAUAAGUUCCGUAUAGUUUUUGAGGAUCAUAAUUCCGCUUUUAAAGAGGUUAGGCGUCCAUAUCAUUUUUGCCAUAACUUUCUUCAAAAGCUAGGUAAACAUCUGAAAAUCUACUCAAUUGUAGAUCAUUCUUGUGUUUAACUACUACAAGCAUAUUAAUCUCUAAAUUCACGCUUAUCUUUAUGUUAUUGUAUUUUAAAGAUUCACCUUUAAAAUUUUUAAAGCUGCAUGUUUUGCGUUGUAAGAAUCUUUAUUUUUUUUAUUUUUUACAGUUACAAAUAAUUAUAAAAAAUAAAUUUUCAGCUCCGUAUGCUUUCAUGGCGUCACAUCUGGCAAAAGAUCCCAAUUGCUCGUUUCUACGUCUUCUCUGCCCUCAUCGUCUUUGGUGUAUUCAAGUUCUUGGUUCCCAGUAAGUUUUGUGUUUUUAAAAGGCCUUUGUAAUUAACGGUUUUUUUAAUUUAAACCUUUAAACAUAUACGAUAUGAGGUAAAUAUUGUAUACAGGGCCGGGCGGGGACUUUUGGUCUGGGGGCAGGGGUCCAAAAAAUCGGCACAGGUACUACCUGUGCCGAUUUUUUGCGAAAAUUUUUUUUUCAAAAAUCCACAGGGGGGACCACGUUCAAAUUUUUUCGAAAAUUUUUUUUCUGGGGGGGGGGUCCCCCCGCCCCCCCCCCCCGUCGCGCCCGGCCCUGAUUGUAUAGACACUAAAUUCUGUUUUUUGAAAAAAAAAUUAAAGUUUUAAUUAUUUGCAACAUGCUAAUGUUAAAGCUUCAAUUUUUUUAAAUUUUUUAAUGAUUUUUUUUUGUUAAUUAUUGCCUAAAGAAACCUAAACAAUGUAUUUUCUUCAAUUCUAACCAAUAUUCCUUUCAGUCAAGCCCCGCCACGUUAUCAUGUACAAGACGGGUAAGGAAGACGGUCACCAUCACGAGGUCGAGCACUGGUACGGUGUCAGACAGAAGAAGCAAGACGCUUUGUACUGGGCCAAGUACGAUCCCUUCCGUGUUGAGGGAGCUGCCGCCGUUGGUGGACAUUAG